CGCCAGCGGAGCAGCGGCCAUUGAAAUGAACGGGCGCGUUAUUGGACACUAGUGCUCUGCUGAGAGGAGCGGUGGCGUAACGCUGUAUAAAAUGACCGAUUCGAGUUACGCUGCUGUGAAGAUGGAGUUUGUUAAAGAGGAGACUGAAGACGUGAAUGAUGCAGAAACACACAGAAUGAAAGAUGAAGAUGCUGACGAACAGAGAGAUGUGCUGGAAGUGAAGGUGGAAAGUGAAGAAUUGAAUGCAGUGGAGGAGGAUCAUCAGAAGAUCAACACAGGAGAACAAUCACAGACUGAAGAUGAUUUCUCCCAGAAGAGAACGGGAGCCAAGAAGUCUGCGUUCGGCUGCGAUCGGUGCGGGAAGCGUUUCACGCUCAAAGUCAACCUCAACAGCCACAUCAAAAUCCACAGCGGAGAGCGAAACUUCAGCUGUCUGCAGUGCGGCAGCGGUUUCUUCAAGAACGCGGACCUGAAGAGACACUUGCAGACUCACAGCGGAGAGAAGCCCUUCAGCUGCCCGCACUGCGCCAAGAGCUUCACGCGCAAGGAGAGCCUGGAGAACCACGUCAGGAUCCACACGGGAGAGAAGCCCUUCACCUGCCUCCUGUGCGACAAGAGCUUCAUCCGCAAGGGACACUUCAAGAAUCACAUGAGGAUUCACUCCGGAGAGAGACCUUUCGCGUGUCACGAGUGCGGGAAGAGCUUCACGCAGGCCACCGUCCUCAGAAACCACCGGCGCUCGCACUCCGGAGAACGACCGUUCGGCUGCGAUCGCUGCGGAAAGAGCUUCGUCUCGGCGAAGCACCUGAAGAUCCACCAGAAGAUCCACCAGAAGCUCUUCCUGUGCUCCUUCUGCGGAAAGAUGUUUUCACAGCUGGGUUACCUGAAGGAGCACCAGAAGAUCCACGGCGGAGAGAAAGCUCACGUGUGCUCGGUGUGCGGGAACGGCUUCUCCAGAGCCAAAUACCUGAAAGAACAUCAGAAAGUCCACACGGGAGAGAAACCCUACAAGUGCUCGCGCUGCGACAAGAGUUUCAGUCAGUCGGGAACCUGA